CGGGCACGGCCCCGGCUGCGAUCCGGUAUACAGUUGGCGAUGCAUGCGUGCACACACACACACACACACCCCGCAGGUGGUCUUUGCUCCUCUCCUGCUCUGCAGAGCUGGUUCUGCCGCGCGGGGAGGGCUCGUGGGUCAUGUCAGGAGUGGGGGCACCCUUUCCAACCCCCGGGGCUCCCUUUCUCGUGGGUGCCCGUCACGCGUGGUGCCCCGCGGGAAUCAGACGUGCAGGUCGCCCCGCGGGGCUGGCGGCGUCCAGGGGCUAUUGUCUGCGGCCGCGCGGAUCGAUCCGGCGCGCCCUUGGGUCAAAUAUCACUUCCAAAGUCGCUCCAGCCCGCCCGCUGGAGGGACGCCCGGGUGGAUCGGGAUGGCUGCCCUCGCAGGCGGCGGGGGGCUGCUGUGCACGGGGGCCUGGGCCUGUCCAUCAGAGGGGCACCCCAUGGACUCUGGGUCACCGGAAGCCGACGCCGGAGGACCAGCAAGGCCACCGGAAUUGACCGCACCCCCCACUCCGGGGCUGGUGCAGCCUUUGGGAUCCGGGAUGAUCCUUUAAACUUUGGGGCCGCUGUAGGAGUGAGAGACCCGAGGGAGAUGCGGACCCCUCUGUCGGGCCUGGCAGGGCGUGGCCUUGCUUACUGGCAGCCUCUGGGGACAGAAAGUCCCUUGGAGAAGAGGGUCCCUCUCUGAACCUGAGUGGGUCAGCAGCUAUCUGGAGGGGGCCAUCAGGAAGUGGCCUCAAAAGCCCUGGCAGGCAGAAGAGGAAGCCCCAGAUGAGGGUUUAGUGGACUGCACUGUCAGGUGAGCUCACCCAGGACCAACCGAGGCAAGUGGGCCUCGAUGUGUUCGGCUGAGAGCAGCAGGAGCCACAAGCAGUGUGUGAGCAGGGUGUGCUCAGAUUGGGUUGGGAGUUUAGCCAUGUGUGUCAUGGAGUCCCAGCCACUCAGGAAGCUGAAGCAGGAGGAUGGCAUGAGCCCAGGAGUCUGAAGGCAGCCUGGAUAGCAUAGUGAGGAGACGGCCUCCCUCCAUCCCAAAACAACAAAAAAUACAAAGGCUGGACAGCGAUUGGAAUUAGACCGUAUCUUUGGGCAAAGCAUAUACACUUUAGGUGAGGUAGCUGUGUUUCAUGGGUUUUAAUCUGUCCCAGCCAUACUGUCAGGAAGGCAAGACAGAAGGCCUUCCCUGAGUAGAACUGCUCACCCACCCAGGGCCUGGCCAGUUCCGCCUGGCCGCCCUGAUCCUCCACCACCGCCUGCUUGCUGGCUUUGUUCUGGCCGUGCCUGAGUUCUCUCCACCCCAACUGGGCCCCUUCCUGGGUUCUUUAGAAGCCACAGGGUCUGGGCUCUAAUAACCCUGGCCAGAGAAUCCCACCUGGGGCCGGAGGCUAUCCCUGGAGCCCCCAUCCCAGGACCCCUCUCGUGUAUAGCGAGCACAGCAGCUGGAGCCCGGUGCAGGAACAGGCUGGGGAAGAGCCAGUGCACUCCUACUCUGUGUUUGGCUGGAUGUUCCUGGUGCUCAGACUGGGUGGGCAUGGCGAGGCAUUCUCCAAGAAUCCUGGGCUGGAGAGAGGAAAAAGCUCUGUUGCUCAUUCAUUCUUAUCACAGGCUGAAAUGCUGGCUGCACAGUGCUCUCGGCCUGAUAGUGGUCAUGUGAAAUGAAAAGGAUUCGUUCUCUGUCCUUUUGAGUUUCAAAUCUGUUUCACCUUAUCCUCUGCCAGAAAAGGCUUCUCCAUUUCUGCCCUCUUGGAGAACUUCUAUUCAGACUUCAAAACCCAUUUUCUAAAGUGCUCUCCUUGUGUGCUGGCCUUCAACACCCAUUGCCACGAGAUUGCCUUUUCCAAGCUGGGAGUCUGAAUUCUUACACCAUGCCUCUCGGCUACCAUCGAAGUCCAGGGAGCUCCAGUGGGGGUGUUUCUAAAUAAAGGGUUCACAGUCACAAAGGAUGUAGGUGUCACUGGGAACCUGGCCUCUGUCUCCAGG